UCUUCGAUAGUCCCAUCGAACCUUAAGGAACAACAAUGACCACCUGGGCUAGCCUUCCCUCAUCUCCAAGACCGGGGAGAGGAGCAGGAGUCCCCUCACUCUGCCUUCGCUUCCCUUGAGCGGAGUCUCUCUGGUUGACGCCCGAGGAAAGGCACGCGCGGUCACUCAGCUGAGACGAAUUUACCGGGAGAGAGUGUGUGAAGAAAUAAGGAUGACGAGUAUCCUCGCCGACUGGAUGCCUUUGGGCCCACUCACGGACGAGGAAAUUUAUGGCACAGGAGUCAGUAUCAAAGAAGAGCUCAGCGAAGAUAUUUCCGAAGAUACUUGUAUUGAAAUUAAAGAAGAACCGUUUGAUUAUGCAGAUAAAGAGAGGGAUGAGGUGAACGACGAGAAAGUGAAACAUAAAUGUCUCUUCUUUCAUAAUCUCGAUGAACUAAAACAUAAAUCAAAUGCGAAGAACACGUGUAAGUUGGUUGAGGAUCGUAAUGGCGUGUUGUUUAGAGCGCCAUUUGUGGCUGAGAAUUCUCUGAAUAAGAUUUCAUCAGAUUGUGAUCAGGCGAUACACAUUGAAAGUCUUAAGCAGGAUACACAGCCAAAAGUGGAAGCUACAUUGAAAAGUAUUGCAUGUGAAGUAUAUGGCAAGAAAUUCUCACAAAAGAGAAAUAUCAACAUUAACAUGAGAGUUCACAAAAAGGAGAAGAUAUUCAGCUGUGAGAUUUGCAGCAAGGCCUUCUCUAAGAAAAAUACUCUAGGAAGGCACAUGAGAGCACAUACAAAUGAGAAGCCAUUCAGCUGUGAGAUUUGCGUCAAGGCCUUCUCUCUGAAGGAAACUCUGGUAGAGCACAUGAGAGUACAUACAAAGGAGAAGCCAUUCAGCUGUGAGAUUUGCAGCAAGGCCUUCUCUCAGAAAGGCCAUCUAGCAAGGCACAUGAGAGUACACACAAAAGAGAAGACAUUCAGCUGUGAGAUUUGCAGCAAGGCCUUCUCUCUGAAGGGUACUCUAGUACAGCACAUGAGAGUACAUACAAAGGAGAAGCCAUUCAGCUGUGAGAUUUGCAGCAAGGCCUUCUCUGAGAAAGGUACUCUAGUAAGGCACAUGAGAGUACAUACAAAGGAGAAGCCAUUCAGCUGUGAGAUUUGCAGUAAGGCCUUCUCUGAGAAAGGUACUCUAGUAAGGCACAUUAGAGUACAUACAAAAGAGAAGCCAUUCAGCUGUGAGAUUUGCAGCAAGGCCUUCUCUGAGAAAGGUCAUCUAGUAGAGCACAUGAGAGUACAUACAAAGGAGAAGCCAUUCAGCUGUGAGAUUUGCAGCAAGGCCUUCUCUCAGAAAGGUCAUCUAGUAACCAAACGACUUCCAAAUCAGGUGUCAUACAGAGUAGGUGCAAUAGAUUUCUCGAAUGCCAUGACCAGUAGUAGCAGUCUUUUGACCACCCCUGUUCACUACCAGCAGACAUGUGCUUACCUGAACAAAAAUCCCAUGCGGAUUUAA